UCCCCAAAUUGAGGAGCAGAUGCCGGCCCAAUGAAGCACCGGGGCAUCUGCCUUGGCGGACGCCGGCGCAGGUAGCAGAAGAACUGGAGCGACUGGGUUCAGAAUUCAGAGUAGUUCAUUCAUUUCUUGCCUAUUCACCGGAAGAACACUGCACUACAACGAAGCCACAUUCCAAAUCUAAUCUAGGUCUUCACACUCCCACCACUCUCUCCAUUCCACCACCGCCGAUAUGCACGAGACGGGCCUCUCCGCCCGCGUCGCCGGCGCCUCCUCGUCCUCCGCGGCAACCAACGCCGGGGACGACGACGACGAGUCCAAGACCCGGAAGGCGCACCCCGCCUUCUUCUUCGCCGCCGCCCGCCUCCACUGCUCCUACCGCGCGGCCGCCUCGCUCCUCCUCCUCCUCGCCGUCGCCUCCGCCGCCUUCCUCGCCGGCCGAGCCCGCCCCCGGGCCGACUGCCCGCCGCUGGGCCUCGACGCGCGCUUCCUCGCCCUCCCGGACGCCGCCGCAGCCUCCGACUUCGGAUCCCUCGGCGUCCCCUGGUGCAGAUCAAAGUCUGGUAAGGCAGUGGAGUGGACUUCCAAAGAUUUGCUCAGUGGGCUGGAAGAAUUCGUGCCGAUCUACGAGAGGCGCCCUAUCAAGAACAACAUGUACGGGAUGGGAUUCGACCACAGUUUUGGGCUCUGGUUCAUGGCUCGCUGGCUCAAGCCAGACCUGAUGAUCGAGAGCGGUGCGCACAAGGGGCACUCGACCUGGGUUCUGCGUCAGGCCAUGCCAAACACCUGGAUCAUAUCGCUCUCACCCAGACACCCCGAGAGAUAUCUCAAGAAGGGGCCUGCAUACGUCGAUGCAAACUGCACUUAUCUAGCUGGGAAGAAGUUCAUCGACUUUGGAAGCGUGGAUUGGGAGAAACUGCUGAGGAAGCAUGGCAUUUCUGAUAUCAGCAGGGUGCUUGUUUUCUUUGAUGACCACCAGAGCGAGCUGAAGAGGGUGAAGCAGGCGCACAAGGCCGGAUUCAGGCAUCUCGUGUUCGAGGACAACUACGACACAGGCACAGGCGACCAUUACUCCCUGAGACAGAUAUGCGACCAGCCACACAUCAGAGGUGGUGGGCACAGCUGCUUCUGGGAUAGUGAUGAAGCAAGGCUAAGGUCGAAGCGAAACAGGUUCUGGGACAAGGCUGUGGAGACUGACCAGCUAUGUGGAAAGGAUGAUGCGUGGUGGGGCGUCAGAGGCUACGCGCGCGACAACUUCAACAGAACUAGUGAGGCCAUCUCGUACAAGGAGCAUUUCCGUAACAGCAGGCUUGUUGAAUCCGUGCUGGAUCUGUACUGGGAGCUGCCUCCUGUUGCCGGUCCAUCCUUGACCCACCAGACAAGAUAUGACCCUGCUCGCGCGUCCGACCCUAUCAUCGAAGACGGACGGCAUGGCCUGUUCCAGAGGAUUGGUCUGGCGAGAUUCGACGUGUCAGUGUUCAACGGCUACACUCAGAUGGCGUAUGUUCAGAUAGCAGGCUCGAUGCUACUCGGAAGAGAGAAUGAUUAAGAAGAU